AUGAAUGAUUAUAAUGGUACUCAUGAGAGUGGCAAUUUUAUGGAACUAUUAAUGGAUGGGGAUUACAGAAAUUACUGUGAUUAUCAUGAUGGUGGUGAUUAUAACAAUGCUGACAAUAAUAAUGAUGGUGAUAACAAUGAUGAUAAUGAUGGUGAGAGUAGUGACAGUGAUGAUGACAGUGACAGUGAUUCUGAUGAUGAUGAUAGUAACGACGAUUCUAAUGAGGAGUUUUACCAACUUGUGGCAGUUACCUGUGAAACAGUUGUGACAUAUUUCAAUAAAUACAUUAAUAAGACUCUUUGUUAUGAUUCUGAACAAAUAGGGUGGGCUUGGAUGAGACGUUGUAUGGAAGGUAAUGAGAAAUUGUGUUACAACAUGUUUAGAAUGAAAAAUGAGGUGUUUCUUAAUUUGUGUCAAGUUUUACAACAUGACUAUGGACUUCAACAUUACUAUGGACUUCAACAUUCAAGGAAUAUAAGGUUAGAAGAGUCAGUGGCAAUCUGUUUACUGAUACUUGAUCAUGGAACAUGUAACCGAAUAGUUCAAGAAAUAUUUCAGCAUUUGGGUGAAACCAUAAGUAGACAUUUUGAGAAGAUGAUCACUCUAUUGGGUGCUCGCUUUGUAGCUACAUAUGUAAAGCCUUCGGAUCCAACUUUUAGUGAAGUUCCAACCAAAAUACAAGACCAUCCAAUUUAUUGGCCACAUUUCAAAAAUUGCAUCGGUGCGAUUGAUGGCACACAUGUGACAACGGUUGCACCUACUGAGAAGUCCAUUCCAUACUUUGGAAGAAAGGGAUAUCCAACCCAAAAUGUGAUAACUGCAUGUGACUUUGAUAUGUUAUUCACAUUUGUUUUGCCUGGGUGGAAAAGUGCAGCACACGACACUCACAUUUUUCUUGAUACUAUUCGUAAACAAAGUAAUAACUUUCCGCACCCACCACCAGGGAAAUAUUAUGUAGUUGAUUCUGGAUACCCAAUGAUGAAAGGCUAUUUGGCACCAUCUUCGGGGAUAUCAUACCAUCUUCAAGACUUUCGAAGGAGAGGUGGAAAUCCUAGAACUAGACAUGAAAAUUUUAAUCAUGCUCACUCAUCUCUUCGAUGUACGAUUGAGCGCACUUUUGGUGUGUGGAAGAAUAAAUGGAGAAUUAUCAGAAACAUGCCAUCUUUUCCAUUCCAUAUCCAAAUACUUAUUGUAUCUGCUACUAUGGUUCUUCAUAAUUUUGUUAGACUAAAUGAUAGAAUUGAUAGGGGCUUCAUAAACGCCAAUCGAGAUUCAAUUUCUAGGAGAGAACAUAAUAGUGAAGCAGGUAGCAGUUAUGAGCAGAACUCAGGAUCUUUAACAGACCCUGAGAUGGUGGUUCUUCGUGAUUCCAUUGCUAAUUCCAUUUGGGGGGAUAAUAAUUAG